AGUCUACCCAAUCGGACAUAUCAGGCAAGAUGAGAACACAAGUCUCUAUUCCGCUCAUAUCGUUUUUGACUGCAGCAUUUGUAAAUGCAAACUUGUCUGGGCCAGUGGUCGAUCUCGGCUACGCACAAUAUCAAGGCAAGUACUUGGAAGACAACGACCUCAACAACUACUAUGGCAUUCGCUAUGCCCAAGCUCCUGUCCACCACCUGCGCUGGAGACCCCCCAUGCCAAUCGAACUCCAUAACAACUACUCCCGCAGCACUCCAAUUGACGCAACAACUCCUGGCCCAGCAUGCGUCCAAGGAAAGCCAACCUGGUUCGUAGAUGAAGAAUUCCCGCUUCCGCGCCCACCGGGUAUUGAAGACUGUCUCCUCCUCGACAUCAAGGUCCCAGCAAACCCAUCCUCAUCCAGUCUCCCCGUCAUGCUCGAGAUCCACGGCGGUGGCUACGUGCUAGGCAGCACUUCUGCAUAUCCCGGCUACGCACUCAUGCAGCAUGCUCGCGGCGACAUGAUCUUCGUCAGUAUCCAAUACCGCCUGGGCGCAUAUGGCUUCCUGUCCUCUGCGGACAUCCUCGCACACGGCACUGCAAACGUAGGGCUGCUCGACCAGCGUGCGGCACUGGAGUGGGUGCAACGCAAUAUUAGAGCCUUUGGCGGAGAUCCAAAUCGUGUGACGGUCCAUGGGGGGAGUGCAGGUGGUGGGGCCUUGAACCACCUCAUGAUCAUGUAUGGAGGCGUCCAGGCGCCGCCAUUCCAGGCAGCGAUUGUAGAGUAUCCAUGGUGGCAGCCGAUGAAGAAUGCGUCGGUGGUGGAGAAGCAAUAUCGCGAUUUGCUACUGAAGACGGAGUGUGAUGAUAUUGCAUGCCUGAGGGGCUUGGAUGAGGACACGCUUGCGGUGGCGAUACAGAGCUUGUAUGAUCUUGGGUAUAAUGCUACGGCGGUGCAGUAUUACGGGUAUGGGGAUUUCUACUUUGGACCCACGGUCGAUGGGACGAUAAUCCGGGAUCUGCCGUCGAAUGAGUUUAAGCGAGGGAAUUUCGCGAAAGUUCCUAUAAUGACGAACAAGGAGACGUAUGAGGGGCUUCGCUUUACUGACACUGCCUUGAGUACUCCUGAGGAUGUGAAGCAAGACUUGGAGCAGCUGUUCCCAUUCGCACAAGGAAAAGCAGCAUUUUGGAACCGACUGUUUCAAAUGUAUCCUGCUGAGAACUUCAACUCCAGUCUGUUUCAACGCGAGAAGAUAUUUGGCAACUCCAUCGUUGAUUGUCCAACGUAUUACAUUUCGACUGCAGCUUCAGACUGGGGAGUCCCGGUAUAUAAGAUGGCAUUUAAUGCGGGGACACAACUCCAUGCGUCGACGUAUCCCUAUUUGUUCAACAACAAUACGUUGAAUUACACUACACCUGGUUCGGUCGAUAACACUACAAUGUCUUCUAUCAUGCUAGAUUGGUUCGUCUCAUUUGUAAUGGUGCAUGACCCAAACGCAAUCUCUUACUCAGGUAUGCCGAAGCCACAUUGGCCGACAUAUCUUGAAGCUUCAGCUCCUGGAACUUCGAAUGGUUAUAGAGUGAUUGAGGUCAACUAUACGAAUAUAGCCGUAGUGGCUGACCAGGACGCAAGUCCGCAAUGUGACUUCUGGCAUGCACAGAGCUAUGUGAUAAGAAGUUGACGGUAGGCGGCCAGCAACAUACUAAGUGCCAUUUGCCCUGUACUUGUCGAGUAUAUGUUGGAAUGUAUUUAAUCAUAGUCGGACUUGAAGCAGAGACACUGAUGGUGAUUGUUAUUUAUGACCUUAAUAACAAACACUUGAAGCUCAUGAAGCCGAUCAUGUUGGUUAAGUGCCAGAUGGAACUACCGGUUUCACACACCUUAUGAUGAUAAUAGCGAUCAGACAUGGAGAAUAGAGAUGAGCUGUGUUCUCAAUGUUCACUCUAUACUGGGGACAGGAGGG